UUCGACGGGGCGCGGAGCUUAUGCUGGACAUAGUACCUUAACAUACUAGUACUGAUAGCAAAUUGACGAUGCGCCUCAUCUUGGCAGCCGUCGUCUCGGCGGCCAACCUCAUCUCGGCAACACCAAACCACAGUUACGAUAAUGAUCUGACGGUCAGAACGAAGCUGGGCGUGAUCCACGGCACGUUCGACAGCGCAACGCCGGGCGUUCGCCAGUUCUUGGGCAUCCCGUAUGCACUCCCGCCGGUCAAUGACCUCCGAUUUGCGCCACCGCAGCGGGCGCGGCCGUUCGGGGAGUUGGAUGCGAAGGAGAUGCCCCCAAGUUGCAUGCAAUAUGCCAGCAGUAUUCCCAGCAUUGCCACGCACGAAGUGCUCGAGUUCAACCUGGGCGGCUUGAACGGGACUACGGGUCCUAUCAGCGAGGACUGUCUGACCCUCAGCAUCUGGGCGCCGCGUCGUGCAACCCAAAAACAGCUGCCUGUGCUCAUCUUCUUUUACGGUGGCGCCUUUGCGACCGGCGGCGUCGAUGUGCCGUACCUCAUCCCGGCGCAAUGGGUGCAGCGGACGCAGAGCCACAUCGUCGUGGCCUUCAACCACCGCGACAACAUCUUCGGCUUCCCCAACGCCGCCGGCCUCCCGCCGCACGAGCAAAACGUCGGCCUGCUCGACCAACGGCUCGCGAUCGAGUGGGUGCGCGACCACAUCGCCGCAUUCGGCGGCGACCCGGCCCGCAUCGGCCUCUGGGGCGAGAGCUCCGGCGGCUGUGCCAUCGCCUACUACAGCUACAGCUAUCGCGACGACCCCAUCGCCAACAGCAUCAUCAUGGGCUCCGGGAACGAGUUCAUCGACGUUCUCACCCGGGACCCGGGUCACCAGAAUUUCACCUUCGUCGCCUCCCAGGUCGGGUGCGGCGGCAACCUCUCCCCGGCCGCCGAGCUGGCCUGCAUGCGCCGCGUCGACGCCGCCGCCAUCACCUCCUUCAUCCACACCUACUCGGACGCCGGCCACACCCCGCUGCUGACCUUCUCCCCGGUCAUCGACAACCGCACCAUCUUCGAGUCCUACCCCCCGCCGUCCCCUCCCUUCAACAACAACAACAACCCACCAGCCCCGCUCCCGGCGCUGAUAGGCAGCAACGCGCAGGACGGCGUCCCCUUCCUUCCCUACAUCCCGAACGCCUCCGGCGAUAUCAUUAUCGACCCGGUCCUAGCGGAGGAGAUGACCAUGAGCUUCUUCUUCUGCCCGACCUACGCCUCGGCCAAGACGCGUGUUGUUGCAGCAGCAGCCCACGGCGGCAAGGCGCCGGCGGCAGUGUACCGCUACUUGUACGCGGGCAAUUUCACCAAUGUGAGCCCCAAGCCGUGGAUGGGCGCGUACCAUGGCGCCGAGAUGCCGCUUGUCAUGGGCACGCACGGGCUGGUGAGGGGCGAGUCGACCGAGUUGGAGGUGCGGACCAGCGAGGCGAUGCAGGAUGUGUGGUUGAGCUUUGUGGCGAGCGGGGGGCAGGAGAUGGGAGUGGAGGGGUGGCGUGGGGAUGGCGGAGUGGUGGAGUUUGGGGGCGAUGGGGUGCCGGCUAGGGUGGUUGAUACAGCGGAGUUGGAGGCCAGGUGUGGGUGA